AUGAGAAUUGAAGAGAGCGGUCAGCUAAUUCAAAUAAUUAAAGGACCCCCUACCUCACAUGCUGCGCGCUCCAAUCUUUCAUCGCAAUCCUGCGAUACGCGGCUGGUGCGGCGAGCGCAACACAGUGUUCGGGGAGAAGAUAUCGGACACACGGCCGUCUCUUCCUCGCUUCUUUUAACUCAACCAUUCAAUGACCGAACUGUCUACGCAUAUACAUUGAAGAAGAAGAUAGACGAAGAAGAAAGCCACGACGACGAAGAGGAAGAAGAAGAUGAAGACGACGACGAAGCAGACGAAGCAGAAGAGAAGACGACGACGAAGAAGACGAAGACGGAGACGAAGACGAAGAUGACGACGAAGAAGAAGACGUCGAAGAAAAUUAGAAAAGGACGACGAACUAGAAGAAGGCGACGAAGACGAAGACGACGGCGACGGCGAAUAAGACGAAGAAGACGAAAACGAAACUUAGAAGGCGACGACGAAGUAGAAGAAGACGACGACGAACAAGAAGAAGACGACGAAGAAGAAGACGACGGCGACGACGAAUGA